AUGACCCCUCCGGGAAACAUGAUCAACUCUGCCGCAGACUCAGCCAGAUCCGCCACCGAGAACCGCCGGCGUCAGCGUCGGCAGGGUUUCCCGGCCCUUGGGAUUUCCGUGCUCGAGUCUGCAACGGACGCGGAGCAUGGCACGGACCUCCUGGACAUCAAGUUUCGCGGAUUGGAAGUUGAUCGCAGAAGGAGCGAGCUGGACCUGCAGUCUGCCACCAUGAAGGGACGCACCAAGGAGCAGGCGCAGAUCCUGGCAAUAGCCCAUGGACUGCAAGAAGGCAUCGAAGAUCUCCUCGCCGGUCGCAUCUUUCGACCUGGUGAAAGUGACGAGGUCGCCGUGGAUUCAAGCAGUGCGGAUUCGGAUUCCAGCAGCAGCCCACCGCCAACCUCGCCGAAGGAUGUCAAGGUCCAGGAGGCCGAAAAGCAGGAGGUGGAGGCUGCAGAUCCAGUCAAGUUCAAAAAAAAGCUGGCUGGCAUGCCUGGUUGGAUGAAAGGCGAGGUGUCUGAGGACGAGGACUCGAACAGUGAACAAGGGUCUGCCCCAGAAGAUCUAAGCGACGAUGACAGUGUCGACGGCUUCUUGAAUAUAAACUACCACGACAUUGAUGAUAUCGUGCAAGAGACCGACCACAGCAAAAUCGAGCAGCAAGUCAAUGCGGGUAGAGCCGCGACUAACCGAAUCAUGUACGAGUGGAAGGAGUUCGCGCGGGUGAAACUGACUGAGCAGCUGAAUAAUUGGUUUCAGCAAAGGAUGCAACAGGGAGAGCGUGAUGUUGCAGAGCUGGACAGCACCGAAGCAGAAUCCUUCGAGAUCAUGGCUGAGCAGUCUGAAGGGGUCAAGGGGGUGAAGAGUGGCAUCGAACAGAAGGACAUGGCUCUCUUCUCCACGAUAAGCUGCUUCCAGCAGAAGUUUGCGCAACGCCUGGACGAGCACUGGGAAUCGAAGAGGAAGUUCGCAGAAGAACUUCUUGCCAGAGUGCAGCAAGAAGAAGAAGAGAAGCAACAGGAGAGGCUCAGGCGCCAGGCGGAAAGAGCUGCGAAGAAGUUUCAUGACAUUGAUGACCAGAUUGCCGACCUCCGGGACAAUGUUGAGCAGAUCAAAGGGGAGCUUCAGAGGAUGGAGCUAAUGAAGCAAACGAUGCCUGCAAAGACCCGGCGCAGCUCAACCGGGAACAAAGCGGCAGAGGUUCUUUCGAUCAUUUCAUCUCAGCAGGAGGAGGCGCAAGUUCUGUCUGGGAAGCUUGCCCUGGGCAGCCAAAGGCUGGAGUCCCUGGAAGAUGCGGUCGAAAAGGCCAAGGUGUUCUUCAUGAGUGCAGGUUUCAAGAGCAAGAAGAUUCGCAUCCCACCGGCUGACGAUCCUGCUUACCUUCUGGUCAGCGAGGCGGUGGUGAGCCAGAUGCAGGCCGUUCUGGCACAGCUUAUGCUGGAAGACGAGGCACUCGCUGAGAGCGUCUCCUUGGCCUACAGCACCUUCAACCGUCCUGGUGGAAAGAAGAAGGUCAGAAAUGGAAUGCUCAAGCUGGAGGACACGCGCAAGGACGGGGACCAAAAGCUUUCCGGCUCAGAAAGCUUCCAGCAAGUUGAGGAGAUUGUUGUCAGCAACGACCCGGAGCAGAGACGGCUGAAGUUCAAGGAAAUCGAAGCCGAGAGCACGUCUUUGCGGGAAGAAAUUGCAAUUCUACAGAGCACGCUGGAACAGCCCAUUCUGCCGACGAGAACCCAUGCAGAGCAGGAACCACAGGCGAGCGAAGAACCUACGGACGAAGGUGAAACGCAGGAUGAGGGUGGAGAGGACAAAGAGGCAGAAGAUGCAAAGCCGAGCCUUGAGCAGGCGUACCGUCGACUCUUGUCCUCAGCUGAAGACACGGUCGAGAUCAUCAAGCAGAAGAAGGGUAUCUUGACGAGCGAAAGAAGCAAAAGCAAGUCGCGUUCUACGGACUUUGCAAACGGAGGCGAGGCCGUCACGCCGUCUGCAUCCGAGGCACGCAACAAUCCCCAGUUGGAGGAACAGCUGAAGGAGCAACAGACUAAAGCCGCCCGUCUGUCCGAGGAGGAGAAAGCCAUGAAGGUGCAACUGAAACGCUUGAGAGCUGCCACUGCGCAGGACAAGAGCAAAGUGCAGGCACCCGAUGGGCUGUCACCUUCCCGCCAGGACUCAGCCCAGGGCGCACCGACUGGUGGCGAUGGCGGUGAUGCCGGAGAAGAGCCUGAAGGCUUCCUGGAAGAUGGCGAGGGGCCUCCAGGUGAAAGUCCUCUCUCCAGUGGUGAGCUGAAGAAACGGCGGCGGAGGAUCAGCCGAUUGGAAGCCGCGCAACCAGACGACGCCUUGAGGAAGCAGCUCAAGGACAACAUGACAGCCGAGAAAGAGUUGGAGGCCCUUCGCCAGCAGCUGCAAGAUCUGAAGAAUUCACUUCCGCCAGAACCUUCAGGCACCGGCUCCUUGAGUCCAACCCGAGCACGCAGGAAUUCUCGCGUUCACGUCUCCGAGCCAUCGGCGGAGAGUGCUGGAGAUGCUUCGGCAAGCGCCGCGAGCACCAGGUCGAGAUCCAGAAGAGCUUCCUCGAGAAAGUCUGCUUCGGCGGGGCGCCGUUCGAGUGCCAAACGCGUCGACAAGCCCGCUGAAGAGCCUCCCCUCAGCGAGGAGCAGCGCCAGGAGAACGCGCUGAAGCUGAAAGACCUCAUCGCGGGCUGUCAGAAACUUGCCGAAGAGAAGGAAGCCUUCGAAAAGGAGCUGGCAUCUAUCGAAGACAAGAUUCGACGGGUAAAAAGCAUGGACUCAGGAAAUGUCGUCGCGGCAUUGAAGAAGGAUGUCCAGCAAGAAAAGAAAGAGGCUGACACUAGCGAGGUGAAGGAGCUCAAGGCUGAAAUAAAGAAGAAGACUUCGCAGGUGAAUGCAAUGAGGAGGACAUGGCAAGAGAUGUCGGGAUCGAACAAGCGAGGCAGCACUAGUGCUGCAGUUGAGGAGGAGAGACAGAGAGAAGUGGCCAAGCGCUUUGCCCAUGUUCUGUCCUUCCUCAGGGCUGCGAAGGCUGCCGAGCUCGCCAAGGAGGCAGAAAAUGCAGGUCUCGUCACUGAAAGUGGUGAUGCGGAAGUGGUGGGCAGGAGCGCCUCAAAGUUCCUGAUGUCCAUUCGCAAGGACAAGAUGGCUGCGCAGCUCUCGGAGAACUUGCAGGCACAAGGUGCAGCACCCGUGAACGUCGGGUCCCGGCGACCUUCGGUGAGUCGCACUCCGCUCGCUUCUCCUGGCACUCCGCUCGCUUCUCCUUCCCCACUACCCUCAGAGUCGCCUAUGUCGCCUGAACUUUCAGGAGGCUCACAGCAAGGCUUCAGCCGUAUGAUGGCAGAGGCAAGGACUGGACAUCGUCCAAGCAUAGUGGGACCACAGCACAGUGCCACUUCUUCAGAUGAUGAGGCCCCGCGGCCAUCGCGAAGAGUUACGGCGACGACAUCUCUACAGGUUCCCCGCACCACUGAAGAUGGCGAGCCGGUGCGGCGCCGAUCCUUCAACAACAUCCUGGAGAAGGCCCGAAUGCGGAAGCCGAGAGAGGAGGAAGUGCCCCCCGGCACUCCCGGGGACAAGGCAAACUCUGCCGUCAGAUUUGGCUAG